AUGGCGUCUACUUCAGCUUCCUCCGUUCAGAAGUGCAGCUUCAAGUACGAUGUGUUUAUAAGUUUUAGAGGUAAAGAUACGCGUAAGAAUUUUGUUGAUCAUCUUUAUCAUGCUCUUCACCAUAAAAGCAUUCAUACUUACAAAGAUGAUGAGAGGAUUAAGAAAGGGAAAACCUUCAGUGAUGAGCUCAUCACAGCCAUCCAUGACUCGAGGUUCUACGUCAUUGUUUUUUCCAAGAACUAUGCGUCUUCAUCACGGUGUUUGGAUGAGCUUGUCCAGAUCAUGGAGGAGUGCCACAAGGCAGCCUUCCAUACUGCUUACCCGGUCUUCUAA